ACAAAAUUUGUUUUACAGGUUGGAAAAGACCAUACUAUUUUAAUGCUGUGUGUCACUGUGUUCCUGAGCUACCUUCCUGAAGCGGGACAGUAUAGUUGUAUAUUCGUUUACUUAAAAUUGGCUAUGGGUUUCUCCAAUGUCAUGGUAGCAAUAUUUAUCGCUGUGGUGGGCAUCCUGAGUGUGGGAGCGCAAAUUGUAUUAGGACCCUUGAUGAGAACCCUCGGCGGCAAACAUACUAUAAUGCUCGGGCUGUUAUUCGAGAUGUUACAGCUCAUGUGGUAUGGAUUCGGCUCGCAAACAUGGAUGAUGUGGGCCGCUGGAGUACUUGCUUCCGUGUCAAGCAUCACAUACCCCGCGAUUUCCGCAUUCGUAUCCAUGCAUUCUGACGCUGAUAAACAAGGAUUGGUACAAGGUAUGGUAACUGGGAUGCGUGGUCUCUGCAAUGGACUUGGACCUGCUAUGUUCGGCGUCAUAUUUUACCUCUUUCAUGUCGAUCUUAACGACGACACGCCCAAUCUCCCCUUGAAACCGUCGUUCGUGGACGAAAACAACAGAACGGGAACUAAUACACAUCUUGACAUAAUGCCUCAGCUUGUACCGGGGCCGCCGUUCGUGUUUGGUGCGUUACUUGUGAUCUGCGCGCUGCUAGUAGCCGCAUUUAUUCCCGAAUCAAAUACGAUGUCAACAGGAUCGUUGCAUCACCCAUCCACUUCCCGGAGGCCCUCCGGUUUGUCCUUGGACGUUCAGUACGAGGCAGACCGAGUAGGAAGUGGAAGAGGAAAGAUCGGUCCGCUAUCACCACUAGUCGACAAUUGUAAUUCCGCCGCGCUAUAAUGUCUAUUGAAAAAUGUAAGACAAGCCAUAUAGCACACGAUGAGAAUACUUUAGCCAAGCGGUAAAGUUUCACCCUUAAUCAGAGGUGAAGAGCUCGUUACUAUGAAAUGCACCUGACUCGAAUCAGGCGACUGUAAUAGAGUUGUCUAUAUUGUAUUAUACUAUUUGUUUAAGGCAGUAACUAAGCUUGAUUUUAGGACUUAUCGAUGGAACUUAAUGUUUAGGUUGUGACAAAUUUGCACAAGCAGUGAGCAAGCUUGUGCGAUAAUACCGUGGGUUGAUCUCAGAGUCGUGUAUGAUCGUACGACAAGCGUGUUAUGUUAAAAAAAAACGUAACAUUAGAUCUUCCUUUUCAAGAUUCUUGCGCCGACUUUUAAAUCAGAUGUAACAAUUUUACGCAAAGUAAUCAAUAUCAGUGACUCUUCACGCAACUCGCCAACGGCACAAAUCGAAGUUAUCGGUGAAAACUGUAAUCCGUAUUUUAUUAGAUUUAUACCUUGAAUAUUAAUCCUUUACUUUGAUGUCGUAUCCUUUUCUCUUGUUUCUAAUUUAUGUUACCACUUUUUAUAUCAAGUGCUAAUGUAAAUUGCGCAACGUAUUUUUGCAUCUCCGUACAUUUGUAGCACUAAAAAUAGCUUUUACACAUUCCUUGUAAGCAUAAUUUUUGCAUACAAAAACAGCAUUAAUUGACAAUUGAAAAGGAUGCAAAUUCUUUGAAACGUAUUUUCCUUUUGUAUGAUAUAGUAAUUACUUAUUAUUCUUGUAUAUCAUACACCAUAAUUCAGCUAAUAUUUAUAGAUCAUGCGACUCGUUUCUUUCUGCACAAACUAUUUAUUUUAAUAGAUAGAAACUAUAAACAUAACGAGAAAGGCCUCAAUACUAGAAAGAUAUACGAAGUGAUAGUUUGUCAUUGAAAGACAAUGGUAGACGUUAACAUUACUGAAUAAAAUGAGAUAUUAAUUAUUAAUUGAGAAUCAAUAAUUCUCUUAAAUUAUGUGUGUUAUAAUCGGAGUCAUUGAUGUUAAAACGAAAAGAAACGUUUUAUAAUAGAAUAGAAUCUUGUAUUUUGCUUCUGUUUUACAAAAAUAUCAAAACUUUUAGGAAGAAUAUGUUUUAAUGCAGUGGCAUUAUUGAUUUAUAUAAAAUUAAAAUUAUAAUAUAAAAUUUUGAUUGGUUAAAUAAUGUUUUAUCUUUAAAUUGUGUUAUUAUUAGUAUAUUUACAUAAAAUAUUAAUAGCACGUUCACAAAAAAUAGAAUCAUUUGAAACUAACUUGUAGGAAACGACAAUUAAUUUUAGUUACCGUGUACUGGGUUGAUUUUUAAGUCAUUAUACUCUUAAACUCGUUUAGCCUCGACGAAAGCCAAAGAGUGAUUAAUGACAAAUGCAAAUUAGUCAAAAAAUAACGUGCGAUAAUGUGCAACGUGCCCUUGUCUCAAAUU